CAUUUUUGUAAUCAGUUAUCACAACAGAAUAACGUCAAAAUAUCUAUUGUUUUAUUAUUAUUCCUUGUAUAAUUCAGUUAGCAUCAUUGAUUAAUAAUUAAUUUUUAACAAGUGAAUUAAGCAAUUAAAAUGGGCAACCUUAUAUCCAUUAAUUUAGAGGAUCAUUAUAAAAAUAAUGAAAAGUUCUUACAAAGCUUAAAUGAAAUAGCGAUUGAAAGACAAAUUCAAUUGCAAAAUCAAAUGGCUGAAAGGCAAAGGGCUACAGCAGUGGCGAAAAGCAGGGAUAUAUUUCUUUGGCUCACAGCAUUUCAUAUUACUGCUGCGACUGGUUUGUUUACUGGGUUCCGAAGGACAAAAAGGGCAUAUUUCUUGUUUCCUCUUAUUCCAUUGACAUUUGUGAAUCUGUAUUAUUGGGAUUUGGCAUAUGGCAACAAGUUACACAGGAUUAGGAUGGAAGCUGAGCACAUAAUGACACAUGAAGUAGACAUGCUCAAAGUGCCUUGCGGACUACCAACACCAUCCUCUAUUGACCAAGGCAGAGAGGCAGAGGAAGAAACUAAGAAAAUCCACCCUCCAAUGCCUUAAAUUGAUAAUUAUGACUGCACUUUGAAGGUAAAAUAGACCAAAGAGCUGCUGUAUGGAAAUAAUGUUUGUGUUUUUUAAUAUGGCAAUAUGAAAUAUGAAGGUAAAAUAGAGCAAAGAUUGCUAAAUUGAAAUAUAUAUAUAUUUUUUAUUGCGGCAAUAUGAAAUAUUUUGUUGUCUAUAAAGGAAUAAGUAAGGUAAAAAGCUUUUGUCAAUUAAGUAUAAUUUUGCUAUAUAUCAUGCAUUUAGUAUUGGCAAUUUAAAACGCCUAAUUUAUACGUCAUGCUAAUUUCCUAUAUAAAAAUACUAAUGUAUUAAUAAUAAUAAUAUUCCAAAAUAUUGUCUGAAUAGGUGUUUUUGCUUGAACAAAUAAAAAUUUUAGAAUUUCAAAGUGCAGUAUUUAAUAUAAUGCACAAAGAUGUUCACUUGAUAGUUUUAAUAUCUUAAAUUAAUUAUGGCUCAUUCAAUUUGAAAGUGUGCCUUCAAGGCUUUUAGAUUAAAAUGGGAUUAUUCAGUAUAAGAAUAUAAUAUAAUGUAUUUUUUUUUAUUGUGAAUAUGGAAGCACUUGACCACAAUCUCUUCUGAUGUUAAGCUGAGAUGUGGUCUAAGAUGGUACGCUCUUCCCUAGAAAAUAACUGUUAACUCUAUGCUGAUGUUGAUUUACGUAGUGUGUCCUUUUUUAUAUAUAUUUAUUUAAAAAAACAUACAAUGGCAUUGAAAUAAUAUGAGUUUAGUCAAUAAUUUUUAUAAAUUAUUUAUGUAAUUAAUAUUUAUGAAAGUAUUAAAAAUUGUGAUAUUUUUCAUAAACAACGAAACUAGUGAUCAUAUUGAGGAAUUGUGAAGAAAUGAUUUACAUACUUGAUUACUAGAGUGGCAUAGGGACCCAAAGUGGGUCUGGGCCUCCGACAAUAACAGCCAAAGUCUAGUAAAGUUUUUAAGGGGUUUUGUAUGGUUUUAAAUAAAAAAAAUAGAGAUUUCAAAUAGUCUGAUGUUUUUAAAUAUUAGGAAUUGUUAUGAGAGAGAGAAUAUAUGAUUUCAUUGUUAUUGAAUGCAUUUUUUCAAAGAUUUACUGGUAAUGAAUAAUCCCAUUCAUAGAAUUUGCUAGUUCGCUUAGUUUUAUUAUAUAAGGUGGAUCUGUAUUCUGUACUUUACACA